AUGGCCAUCAUCACAACCAUGGCGAUGGUGAUGGCGCGCAUCAUACCGAUAAUGUGGCGUUCACGGAGGCAAAUCGCACACACUGGAAACCCCAGGCUAACUUGCUCGAUCAACAGUGACUUCGCCUCACGAUACACAUCGGAGCCGUGGCAACGAGAUCUUCUCAAUAAGGUCACCACAUUUAUCCAUCAGCAUAUAAACUGGAUUAGCGUGGACUUCAUCGACCCUGCAACAACCUUUGAGAUCUCUUCACCUACAUCGAAGACUAAACGACAGGUCCGCGUCCUGGACUAUGCAUGUGGUCCAGGAACCAUCACCCACGCACUCGCCGCGCGCGCAACAGAUUACAUCGGCAUCGAUCUGAGCGAGAACAUGGUCCAGGCUUAUAAUGUGCGGUUCAAUCCCAACCCAACCAACGCGGUCAACACCUCAUCGGCGGACGGAGCGGCCGCACAGGACGAUAAACUCGACGAGACGCUCAAUGCCCACGCCGUGGUCGGCAACCUUCUAGACCCAAAGGACCCUUCUCCGGCACACCUCUCUUCUCCAGAAUUUUUCAACUUCGACCUCGUGGUUGUGGGCCUGGGAUACCAUCAUUUCCAAGACAUUCCGCUGGCUACGAAACGGCUCGUUGAGCGGUUGCGGCCAGGUGGGAUCUUCCUCAUUUUGGAUUUCGUCACGCACGCCAUGGAGAAAAGUUCGGAUCCCGCGCAGCGGCAGCUUCCUACGCACACAGUGGCACAUGCUGGGUUCAGCGAGGAGGAAUUGCGGAGCUAUUUUGAGAGCGCUGGAUUGACGGAUUUUGCGAUUGUGAAGAUGGAUGGUGAGGUGUUGCUGAGGGGCGAAGCGAAGAGGAGGCCGUUCCUUGCCAGGGGUCAAAAGCUUUAG